GAGAGAACAUAUUUUCAAAAAUGACCACAAAUCUACGACAAAUUCCAUUGACAUGCAGUGGUCACACUCGUCCCGUGGUUCAUUUGGAUUUUAGUGAUAUCUGCGACAGUGGCUACUUUCUAAUAUCGGCCUGUAAAGAUGGCAGUCCCAUGUUACGACAGGGUGACACUGGCGAUUGGGUUGGCACUUUCGAGGGUCACAAGGGAGCUGUCUGGGGUGUAGCUCUCAACAAAACUGCCACACUGGCGGCCACCGGUGCUGCCGAUUUUACCGGAAAAGUAUGGAAUGCCAUAACGGGCACCGAAAUUCAUAGUUUCCAACACAAACACAUUGUCAAGUCGGUGGGUUUCGACAGCAGUUCGGAGAACAUUGUCACCGGCAGCAAUGAGAAGCUGGUGCGUGUUUUCAAUUUGGAACAACCCCAGGCGGAACCAGAAAUGUACAGCGGCCAUGGUGGUGCCAUAAAGCAGGCACUGUUUUGCCGCAACGACAAAUGCAUUAUAUCGGCGGCCGAAGAUAAAACUGUACGACUGUGGGAUCGUUUGAGCGGCAAUGAGGUACAGCGUCUAACAUUCCCCAAUAAUCCGAAUAGUUUGGAAAUAUCGGCUGACAACCACAUUCUGACCGUGGCCCAUGGCACCAGUAUUAGUUUUUGGGAUGUGGAGACACUGAAGAAACUGAAAGAGGUUAAGGUGCCGACAAAUGUCUCAUCGGCCAGUUUGCAUCCGGACAAGCAUGUGUUUGUUUGUGGUGGUGAAGAUUUUAAAAUGUACAAAUUCGAUUAUAUAACGGGCAAUGAAAUUGAAUCCUUUAAGGGCCAUUUCGGUCCCGUCCAUUCGGUCAAAUUUAGCCCCGAUGGCGAGUUGUAUGCCAGCGGGUCGGAGGAUGGUACUCUACGUUUGUGGCAGACAACGGUGGGCAAAACCUAUGGCCUUUGGAAAUGUACCGAACCCAAUGAUCUAAACAAUUCCCUGAAUUCUCCUCGCGAAGUACAAGCAAAUUAAUUGUACUCAUCAUUGUCGUUAUAAAAAAACA